UACUCCGCGGGUGUAACACGCCAGCCAUUAGUUUCGGAUUGAUUGUCCUGUGUGUGUAUUCGGCAAAAGGGGAGCAGAACGGCAGGAAGAAGCGAACCAAAACUCUUCCAAAUAUACGCUAGUUAUGUAGAUUUAUGGCUUCUUCACAGCGGAUGUGGAUUGAGUCGAGGUGAGCUCCGCCGAGCCUCCGCGCCACAUUGGUGAGAGGGGGGAUUAUUUUUUCGUCUGGGAUGCGCAUUUUCGGGAGUGGGUUUGUGAGGUGGACGCGUCCCGCGGUGAGUGGGCGGGGGUCUGGUGUUGGGUAGAGUGCUCCGGCAACAACAUGGGCGCCUGGCGCCUGGGACAAUAACGACUCGCCUCCUUGUUGCUUCCCCUCUCAUCCGGCGUUGACAUGAAGAUCGUUGCGCAAUGCAGCGCUAAACCGGAUUUGGAAUCGGCACGGAUUACAUAAUAUAAUCAUCCUUGUCUAGCCCAACCUGUUUAUUUCUUUAUUUCCCCCCCCCCCAACGUAUUGUCAAUGUAAGGAGAGUCAUAUUUCGGGGGGGGGGGGGGCGCGGGGGCUGUGUCGUGGGCACAGAUGAGAGGCAAAACAUAUCACCCGCCGCUGAAGUUGAUAGCACCCUGGGAGAAAGAUGCUGGCUUCGGCAGGAAGCUCAAGACCUACAGGAACCAUACCAAGAUAAUAGCGCAGCCCGGCAUCGUGAUGAAAGUGCUGCGCAGGAAGCGGAUCGUGCUCUUCGGGGCCUACUUCCUGCUCCUGGUGCUCACCAUGCUCAACUUGGCCAACUACAAGUGGACCAAGGAGCCGCAGCCGUGCAGCCACCCGAUGAGGGGCGCCGCCUACCAGGGCCGCUCGGACCUGCGCUACCUCUACAGACCCUCGCUGGCCAAGAAGAGGCAGCUCAUCUACGUGCUGACCACGUGGCGCUCGGGCUCGUCGUUCUUCGGCGAGCUGUUCAACCAGAACCCCGACGUGUUCUUCCUGUACGAGCCCAUGUGGCACAUCUGGCAGAAACUGUAUCCGGGCGACGCCGUGUCCCUGCAAGGGGCGGCGCGCGACAUGCUGAGCUCACUGUACCGCUGCGACUUGUCCGUCUUUCAGCUUUACAACAACCCCGGGGGCAAGAAUUUCACCUCGCUGGGGUUGUUCGGAGCCACUCUGAACAAGGUGGUGUGCUCCUACCCUCUGUGCUCGGCCUACAGGAAAGACGUGGUGGGGAUGGUGGACGACAAGGUCUGCAAAAAGUGCCCCCCGCAAAGCCUAAGACUGCUCAAGGACGAGUGCCUCAAGUACAACACGGUGGUCAUCAAAGGGGUGCGCAUUCUGGACGUCAACGUUCUGGCGCCCCUCAUGGAGGACCCCUCCUUGGAUCUGAAGGUGAUCCACCUGGUCCGAGACCCGCGGGCGGUGGCCAACUCCCGCAUCAAAUCCCGGCACGGCCUCAUCCGUGAGAACCUGCAGGUGGUGCGCAGCCGGGACCCCAAACUCCGCCGGAUCCCGUUCGUGGAUCCCGGCCACAAGGCCAACAAGAAGGACGGCUCGGACUACCACUCCAUCGGCGCCAUGGAGGUGAUCUGCGACCGCACCUCCCGGACGUUGAGGACGGCGUUGAACCCGCCCGGCUGGCUCAAGGGCAAGUACAUGGUCGUUCGCUACGAGGACCUGGUGGACAAUCCGGUGAAGACGUUACGUAGCGUCUACCGCUUCGCCAACCUGACGACCAACCGCGACAUCGAGUCCUUCGCCCUCAAUAUGACCAGCGGCUCCAACUCGUCGUCCAAGCCGUUCAUCGUGUCGUCGCGCAACGCCACCCAGGCGGCCAGCGCGUGGCGGACGGUGCUCAGCAUCCAGCAGAUCAAGCAGGUGGAGGACUACUGCCACCACUCCAUGGCCGUGCUGGGCUACGAGCGCGUGCGGACCGCCGGCGAGGCCAAGGACCUCAGCAAAUCACUACUGACGCAGUCCAAACUGUGAAGAUGCCACCAAAGACGCAGAGUAGGAGCAACUCGUUCAACGCCACAUUUGGAAUGUACCGCCUUUUGAACAGCAUUUGCAAGGACCACUUUUGUUUUCUUCUUCUGGAACACUGGAUGCGAUUAAUUGGCCUGCCACUGACCAAAAAAAAAACAAAACAAAACAAACAAACAAAAAAAACCUUAACUCAGGGGUUCUCAAACGUUUUGGCUCCAGGGGCCCCAGGAAUUUUAUCAUUAUUAUAUUUUUUUUAAACAAGGACCCCUCAUAAUCCAAACGCUAAUUAAAAUGUACCCCUAAAUGUCUUUGGGAUUAGAAAGUGGCCUCUUUUGGAGAAAAAAAUCAUAACAAAUUCAUAUUUUUGGAGAGAAAAAAAAAAGACAGUCUUAGUCUUUACAAGAACAAACAUUUUUGGGGGGGACUAAAAGUGGGGAGAAUAAAGUAGUAAUAGUACGAUAUUAAAGUAAAAAGUUAAAGGAGGGAAUACAUUUACAAUACUUUAUUCUCAUAAUAUUAUGACUUUUUUCUGGAAUUUUCUGGCCUUUAUUCUCUAGGACAGUGGUUCCCAACCCUUAUUUCGCCAAGGCACAUAAUUUACAUUAAAAAAAAAUCUUCAAAAAUGUCCCAAAAAAGUGGAUUCAUAGGUUUAUUAUGUACCUUGCGCCAUCUACUGGAAAAACAUUUAAGUGUUCUGCCUGUCACUAUACAUCAAUGGUAUAGAUAGAUUAACAAAGAUUAUAUAUUAUUUGUGGUAUAUAAAUAACUUUUGGGCCAAUUAAGUGAAACUGGAUAAUUUUCUGUGGCAAACCUAAUCUCUUAAUGUACACUAGCAGGGAAUCACUAUUUUAGAAAUGUUUUUUUUUUUAAUUGGCUGCCAGUAGAUUUGCAUUUUUUUAAUGUAUUUUUUUUUUUUUUCUCUAAAAAAGGUACAACAAUUUAUUGCAAAUGAUUUGACGGACCCUUAAGCUACGGCUCGCAGACCCCAGUUUGAGAACCCCUGCUCUGCCGUUCGUGUAUCUUGAAAAAGUGGAUGUUAUUUUUUGAAUGUUGGGAAGAAGAAGAAAAAUAAUGUUUUUUAGUCUCCAUAUCAUCUGUACAAGUGAAACUAGUGGAUGAAGAAAUGUUCAAGGUCAAAGACAAUCAAUGCCAUGUUUGAGUAGGCCACAUCGGAUUAGUUUCUUUAAUUUCUACUGUUUUAAUUUUCAUUUUUUCCCCGUGUGGGACGAUGCACUGUGGACAAUGUCUCGACCGCUGCGGAGCUGCUAAAAAAACCUCCUUGUCGUCGUUGAUGUGAGCAGUCUUGUUUUUCCGAUGUUUACAAUGGCUCGCUUUACGCUCAUCCAACUCUGUGCGCGCGUGUGUGUGUGUGGGGGGGGGGGGGAAAUAUCGAGUAAACAAGCAAAGAGUAACUAUGCUUUUUGGCCCGAGUAUUGAUUUGGUACUGCACGCUUUAAUUUACUUAUACGCCUCUUUGAGCUAACUGACAUUUAACACCAGGGGUUGCAGGAAGAAAUCACACUUGUUAAGUUAAAGCAGGGUACACACAUACAUAAUCCCAGUUACAUCUUCAGCGCGGUAUACAGACAAUCGGACCAAAUUUGACCUUUUCUCCUCAAUUGCGAUGAAAGUCAGCAAAGGCCAGAUUCUCAGUUGGAUGUCUAAAAGAUUUGGUUAAGAUGUUAAAAAUAUUUUCAAACAGAUUUCUUGUUUAUGAUGCGACAAACACCACACAU